AUGCUGAGUGUCUCCCAGCUGUUAUGGCUCCUGCUGAGCUUUGUGGUUUUAACCAGAUAUUUUAAGGUAAUAUGGGCCUCAAAGAGUCUUCCACCCGGACCAGUUCCUUUCCCCUUCAUUGGUAAUCUCUGGACGCUGGGCUUCAAACUCCAUCCACAAAUUCUUACUAAAUUGACUGAAUCCUAUGGCAACAUCUACACAAUCUGGCUUGGAGAAACUCCUCUUGUAGUGCUAAAUGGAUGCAAAGCUGUGAAAGAUGGCAUCGUCUCUCAUUCUGACGUCUUGUCUGGCCGUCCUGUUGCAAGUUUAUUAAAGGACCUUCAUAGAGGAAGAGGCAUUGUCAUGUCCAAUGGAGACACUUGGAAACAACAGAGACGUUUUGGGAUGAUGACACUAAGAAACCUUGGACUAGGAAAUGGUGCAUUGGAAUCUCAGAUACAAGAAGAAGCUAGGUGUAUGGUGGAGCAAUUUAGAGCCAAGAAAGGAGAACCCUUUGAUCCAUCAUAUAUACUUAACCAUGCUGUGGCAAACAUCAUCUCCGCUUUAGUUUAUGGACACCGUUUUUCUAUUGAGGAUGUUACAUUUCAAGAACUAACCAACUGUACCCACUGUAUUGUUGAGAAUAUUUCCUCAUCCUGGGCUAGGAUAUAUGAUGCGUUCCCUUGGCUGAUGAAGAAUGUUCCUGGUCCCCAUAAAGCCGCAUUUGGAUACAUGAACUAUUUAGAGGAAUAUACCAAAAAAGAGAUUGAAAUUCACAAAGAAAAUGGAUUACCAGGAGAACCUCAAGAUGUUAUCGACCAUUACUUGGCUCAGAUUAAAAAAAGCCAAAACAAAGAGGCCUCCACAUUUGAUGAGGAUAACCUGAUAGCAGUUGUCAUUGACUUGUUUGGGGCAGGGACAGAAACCACAGCCAUCGCAUUACUGUGGGGUCUUCUGUACAUGGUGGCUUAUCCUGACAUACAACAGGAGGUACAGAAAGAAUUGGAUGCCACAAGUAAUGGACCUCAGAUAUAUUAUAAAGACAGAAAGAAUCUACCUUACACCAAUGCUGUGAUACAUGAAAUUCUACGUUAUGGAAACAUAGCAGCUGUUGGCAUGCCAAGGACUUGCACAAAAAAUAUUAAAAUUCGGAACUACUCAUUGCGGAAGGACACAAUGGUUUUGGCCAAUUUGGACUCGGUGCUAUAUGACCCACAGUACUGGAAAACACCCAAUCAGUUCAACCCACAGAAUUUCUUGGACAGUGAUGGGAAUUUUUUGAUGAAUGAGGCUUUCAUGCCUUUUUCUGCAGGUUCUCGGGUAUGUCUGGGAGAACAACUUGCCCGCUCUGAGGUCUUCAAUUUUUUUAGCACGUUGAUGCGGUCUUUCAGCUUCCAGCUACCAGAAGGAGUGACUGAAGUCAACACAAAAUAUAUCUAUAAACUGACGUUACAGCCUCACCCUUUCAGGAUCUGCGCUGUCCCCCGAUAAACAUGUAACAAGUAUACUGUGCUCUAUUAAUAACCAAACGAAAGGAGAUUUUUUAAAUUUUUUUUAUUUUUUUUUUCACUUUUUUUUUAACAAGGAAUAGUAAAGAUAACAUGUAAUAUGUUGA